ACCUUCUGAACUCUUUCUGUCUUUUCUUUAAAUCAUUGCUUCCUUCAUGGAUGCAAACAAACAAUCCCUUCCUAACUUUCAAUCCCUCAGAAUCUACCCCCAUGCCUAACUCGUUAUUUUGUUGAAACAAAACCAACCUGGUUUGGAUUUUAUUAAAAAGUAGUUACUACAACAGAGUCUAAUUCAUCUCCACGUUUCCGUUCUGGGGCUGUGCUCUCAGCACCAUUAACAGUGGCGAUCCACUCACAAUACCAGACCCGCGAGAUCAUUAACAAAUGCCCAAGAGGCAAGUGCUCAAAGCGGGGAGCAGGCCCCCAUGGGUGGGCUUGGCUGCUGCAGUUUGGGUUCAGAUAUGUGCCGGAAACGGCUACAACUUCCCCCUCUAUUCUUGUACCCUGAAAUCGGUUCUGGGAUUCGACCAGCAGCAGGUUACCAUCUUGGGUGUGGCUAAUGACAUUGGAGAGAAUAUGGGUUUGCUUGCUGGUAUUGCUUGCAACAAGUUUCCUAUAUGGGCUGUUCUUCUUGUUGGAGUUGUUGCUUGUUUCUUGGGAUAUGGUUCUCUCUGGCUUGCUGUUACGCAGCCUGCUGUUGACAUGCCUUACUGGGUGUUAUGGAUUGCACUUGUUGUUGCAGCUAAUAGCAAUGCAUGGUUUGGCACAGCAGUGCUAGUAACUAACAUGAGGAACUUCCCCCUAAGUAGAGGCACUGUUUCUGGCAUCCUCAAAGGUUAUGUUGGGAUCAGUGCUGCUGUAUAUACUGUGAUAUACAGUUUGCUACUAGGACAGUCUGCUUCAAAACUGUUAUUAUUCCUUACUCUUGGCCUUCCUGUAAUAUGUUUAGCCAUGAUGUACUUUGUCCGGCCUUGUACUCCCUCUGGAGAAGACUCUUCAGUUCACGUUCAUUUUGUUUACACCCAAGCUGCUAGUGUUUUGCUUGCUGUCUAUCUGCUGACAAUCACAAUCAUAUAUGAUGUGGUUUCUCUAAGUGAUGCUCUUUGUUACAUUCUAGUUGCAAUUAUGGUUAUUUUCUUAAUUUCUCCUCUGGGAAUUCCGGUCAAAAUGACUCUUUUUCCAAAUAAUGGGAAGAAAUCUACACCGCUAGCGGGUUCUUCAGGGCACUUGGACCAGGGUGAGGAAUAUUCCAACCAAUCAGAUCCUUCAGUCAGACAGCAAUUGGUCCAGGGAGAAGCAUAUUCAACCCAAACAGAGCCUUUAGUAACACCAAAUCCAUCAGCUUCAGACCUUGGGAGUUUGUUUGACAACGGUGAUGUUUCAGAUGUGGAAACUCUCCUGGCUGAGGGGGAGGGGGCAGUGAAGGAGAGAAGAAGACCACCCAGGAGGGGGGAGGAUUUCACAUUUCGUGAAGCUUUAAUCAAGGCCGAUUUUUGGCUUCUUUGGUUUACAUAUUUUCUUGGAGUUGGCCCUGGUGUUACUGUUCUUAAUAAUUUGGCUCAAAUUGGAGUGGCUUUUGGUGUUGAUGAUACGACAAUAUUAUUGUGUCUCUUCAGCUUUUUCAAUUUUGUUGGUCGCCUUGGCUCUGGUGCUAUUUCUGAACACUUUGUCAGGUCCAAAACUAUACCUCGGACAUUGUGGAUGACAUGCACAUUGAUACUCAUGAUCUUAGCAUUCGUGAUGUUUGCAUUGGCAUUCAGUGGCUCCCUUUACAUUUCCACUUGUAUUCUUGGUGUGUGCUACGGGUUUCAGUAUGCUCUCAUGGUUCCCACUGCCUCUGAGCUUUUUGGCUUGAAACACUUUGGCAUCAUUUAUAAUUUCAUGGUGCUAGGCAAUCCUAUUGGUGCCCUUCUUUUCUCAGGUCUGCUAGCGGGGUAUGUGUAUGAUCUUGAAGCUGCGAAGCAAGGGAGCUCUACGUGCCUGGGUCCCGACUGUUUUAGACUCACAUUCCUGGUAUUAGCUGGAGUCUGUGGCCUGGGAACCAUCGUAUGCGUCAUUCUGACUAAAAGGAUACGACCUGUUUACAAGAUGCUUUACGCUUCAGGUUCCUUUUGUUUGCCUCAAGCUUCGCACCACUGACUCUUUGGAGAUUCAUAUAUGGCUUCCCGCUUGCCUGUUUUUGUACUACAAAAUUUGCUGUAUUUUGUGCUACAAAAUUUGCUGUAUUUUGUGCCUUCCCCUGGUUAGUUCUGAUUGGUCAGCUUAUAGUGUCAAUUUUGUACCAUCAAAGUGAUAUUACCAUUUGAGGAUCCUCUGAUCCUACUUCCCAAGUACGAGAAUUUAUGUCACUUCUUAUGGGAACUUUGGGAUAUACUUCAAUAAAUGUUUCUAUGAAUG